GCUUAAUCAAUUUCUCCUAAUCAAAUCGCCUUUCAACAACCUAUCUAUAUCUGUGAAUCCCUCCCUCCAAAAAUGGCUGAUGCUAUACUUUCCUUACUCCUAGACCAGGUAAAAACAAUCAUCAACAUGGCAAAGAAAGAGGUGAAGUUGCUUGUCGGUGUUACGGAAGAAGUGGAAAAGCUUGAAAGAAAUCUUGAUCUUGUCCUGAGCGUGCUUGCACACGCUAAGGAGAAGAAAGCAACCGAUGAACUUGUCAAGAAAUGGCUGGAUAGGCUCAAAGAAGCUGCGUAUGACAUGGAGGAUGCAUUGGAUGAGUGGAAAACUAGAGCAGAGCUAGAAGUGAAAGGAACCGAAGAUGCUGCUAAUCGUCAGGGGAAGGUGCUGCUACUCCGCAAUUUUAUUUCAUGCUUUUCUUUUCGUCGGCUAAGUAGUCGUCGUGAAGUUGCUGUGAACAUAAAGGAAAUCAAUAGAAGAAUAGAUGAGAUUGUAAAGGAGAAAGAUAAGUAUCAAUUGGAAAGUAGGAAGAUUGAACUUCCAAAACGUCCAGAAACUUCAUCUUUUGUUGAUGUGUCAAAACUAUGUGGUCGGGAUGGGGUGAAGAGAGAAAUAUUGAGUUAUUUGUUGGGAGGGAAUAGUGAAGUGGAGGCUGGGAAACUAAUUCAAACCUUCUCUAUAGUGGGGAUGGGUGGGCUGGGAAAAACAGCUCUGGCACAAUUGGUGUACAAUGACCCUAAUGUUAAACAACAUUUUGAGAAUGUAGCAUGGGUUUGUGUUUCUGAUUCUUUUGAUGAGAAAAGAGUUGCAAAGGCAAUCAUUCAAGGGCUUGAAAAGCUUAGUGGCCCUGCAGCAAACGGCCUAGAAUCAGAUCCAUUGGAGGUCCUUUUAGGAAGGAUUUCUAAAUCUAUCGAAGGAAAGAAAUAUCUUCUUGUUUUAGAUGAUGUUUGGGCCGAUGGAGGUCAGAGGUGGGAUUCACUAAAAGUUACAUUCAAUCUUGGUGCUGCAGGAAGUAAAAUUUUAGUGACUACUCGGGAUCUUAAUGUUGCAUCAAUGGUGGGGUCCUCUGACUCACAAAUCAUUCACCUAAAGAAAUUGGGUGACGAGGAGUGUUGGUCAAUACUCAGAGAUAUAGCAUUCAGAGGAAAGGACCAGAUGAAGAGUCGAGAAGAUUUGGAGGAAAUUGGGAGGAAAAUUGCAAAAAGAUGUAAAGGCUUACCUCUUGUUGCCAAAGUUUUAGGAAGUCUCUUACAGUCUAGAAGUACUAAAGGAGAGUGGCUAACUAUCUUGGAUAGUGAAAUAUGGAAACUAAAUUUGGCACAAAAGGAAAUUUUUGCUCCUUUACUGUUGAGUUAUUAUGAUUUGCCCCAUUCUGUAAGGCGGUGCUUCUUGUACUGUGUACUUUUCCCUAAAGAUUAUGUAUAUUGGUAUCAUCACAUAACAUCACAUUGGCUGGCACAGGGUUUUUUAGGCUCUGAUCCUAAUGCAGAUUUGGAGUCAAUAGGGUUAGAGUACUUUAACACCCUAGUAGCCCACUCUUUCUUUCAAGAUUUUGGAAUCAGGGGUGGAUACAUUUUUUGUUUCAAGAUGCAUGAUGUGGUACAUGACUUUGGUAAAUAUUUGGCGGAGAAUGAGUUUGCUAUGGAGAUUGUGCAGUCUGAUCAUUUGAGUAUAAACUCAGCAAAACAUCGUCACUUGUUAGUGACGGCUGAUAAAAGGAUGACUUUUCCUACAUCCAUUUCUGGUGCAGAAAAAUUGCGAACUCUUGUAACUUAUAUGGGAAAGGAUGCUUUGACUUGUGAUGCAUUGCGUAACUUGUUUAAUCAUUGCAGACGCUUAAGGCUAUUGGAUUUUAACUGGCCCGAUGGACCUGAUCAUUUAUGUAAUGAAGUUCCUCAAGAAGUUGGGAAAUUGAUGCAUUUGAGAUAUAUAAAUUUAGCUAAUAGUGAAAAAUUAGAAAGGUUGCCUGAAGAACUGUGCAAUAUACUCAAUUUGGAGUGUCUGGAUCUAAAAGGAUGCCGAAAUUUGAAGCAUUUGCCAGAGUCGAUAGGAAAAUUACUCAAUUUGAGGUUUCUUGUUACCAAUGGUUGUUUUGCUCUGACUCACUACCCAAAAGGCAUCGGGAAAUUGACUUCUCUUAGAACUUUGAUAGGGGUCAUUGCUCAAGCUGAUAGGAAUGAUGGUAAAGAAUUUAGCAUUGCUGACCUCGGAAGCUUGAAGCAUCUUUGUAGGGUUUGGAUGAAAGUUGUGGGAAAUUCAAUUGAUAUGGAGGAGGCUAGAAAAGCUGGACUUCAGAAUGUGGUGGAGUUAUGGAUACAUUUGGCUGGAGAAGUUGAGGAAGAUGACAUAAUUGAAGCCUUAAACCUGCCUCCAGGCAUAAUAUUUGGUUUCAGCGACAACUAUUGGCUCAAUCCGCGUGGAUGGUUCUAUGCUCCUGACUAUUGAGAUAGAGGAGUUGAACAUGCACGUGGCAAGAGGAUUCUGAAAGUUGAGGGAGAAGUUUCCUCUAUUGUUGGUGAAUAAGGAAGCUGUUCCGGUCUUUGAAGAGAAAAUCUGUUGUCUUAAUUUCUGGUUGUUUUGUAUUUGGAAUAUUAUGUACAAGAAUUGUGUGCCUGUGUGUGUCUAUUUUCUUAACAUUAUUAUGCAAAACUCAUUGUGUAUCUCCUACUCUCCUUUUUUUUGACACCACAACUCCAACACUCCUCCUUGGUGUUAAAGCUGCGGGAAACAAGAAAUUUACCUAAGCAUUUGGAAUUUGCCAUUUGCAUUUCUUUAUGCUUUGGUUUUAAUUUGUUGUUGCUACUAAGGCCAUCUCCUUUAGUAGCUCAGCCCCUCUUUCAAGGCUGCAGCUUCAUCUUGCUUAGAUUUGCUGCUUUAACAAAUUUGUUGGAGCUUUGUUGAGCUUUCCUCUCCAUGUUGUUGUACUUUGCUGCUUCUUUGCAGCCUUUCAUUUGCUAUUCAUUAUAGCCUCAUUUCAUUAAUAUUUAUAGCUUAGCUCGCUACACUUUGCUGUUACCGUGUUGUUGUUGCAGCUCUCCCUUCUUUUCAUUUGCUGCUACUUGUGUAGCUUUAACACCACAACUCCAACACAUUUGAAUUUAAACGAGAUCAUAUAUAGCAACCAAGCACAAUUUAUGCAAUAUAAUUUCAACAGUAUAAAUGGUCAGUUGUCAU